AUGCGUUUUGAAAUAUAUGCGAUGAUAAUAUUUGGAUUAUUCUACUUUUCGGAAGGCAAGCCAUGUCCGGAGAAGACGCGUCCACACAAAACACGCUGCGAGGCGUAUUACAAAUGCUUUGAGCUACCUUCUAAGCGUCAUGUUUGGGUGCCUGAAAAAUGUGAAUCGGGCCUAAUAUAUGAACACAAUCUUGGACUAUGUGUACUGCCCGACGAUGAGUGGGAAUGUACACUAGGAGUUGGUACACGCGGUAGCAAGGUAGAAGCUCAUGCGGAUGUUACGCCGACGACGAUAACUGAAAUACAAAAUCCCAAACAAAUAACACCAACAAACAAGCUCAAAAAUGCAGAUCUACAUAUAAUAAAUAAUAAGCACGAAGAUGAUGAAUCGGAUGCAGCAAUAUCUUCCAUGAACAAAGGACACAGCGGAAAUGAUGUGGAGGUUGUGAUACAAAAUAAUAUAAACAACGAAGAAGAGAGGGAAGCGUUACGAGAUGACAUUGAAAUUGAGUCUAGUGGAGAUGGUGUUGGGGAGCUCAUGGAAAUGGAUGGCUUUCUGCAAGUGGAAAAUCGUGAAAACGAAGAUCACGAAGGUGAGGAGCACCUCAUCGAAGAUGAUGAAAAUGAAAUAAACCUCGAGACAUCGACGAAAAAGUCAAAAAUCGAUCCAAAAUUAACAGCACACUUACAGCGUUUGUCACAAUUAAUCGAUGGACUGAAAACCCAAUAUCAGAAGGACGGAGAGCAGCAAACGGAUUUGCGGCCCGAUCAGUUAAAUGCUUUCCUGGCACAUUUUAAUAUACAAAACAAAUUUAAUUUGAUUAAACCUACUUUUGAGGCGAAUUCAAAAGAAAAAACCGACACAACCACUACUGAGGCACCAGAGUCUACCACAACAUAUGCCACAUAUCCAAUGGCUUCCAAAAAUAAAACACUUUUGCAAGAACAUUUAGAUAACAAACUUAAACCGGAAACAAAGGUUGUACUCACCAAUGCGCUGCCGAAACGUUACGAUACUACAGGAUAUUCGAACUCGCAAAUUGUCGUAAAUCGUCCCGAAGGCUCGGUACUCUUCACUUUGCCGCACUACGGUACCGAUCAGUCCGAUUAUGGUCACAAUUCACCAAAAAUAUCUGAGGAAACAUUAAAAACAGUUUUAGAAUUGUCUAAACAAAUGAUUGCCACACAAAACGUACCGAAAAUAAUACCGAACGCAGGCUAUUACGCGCAGCCACUAAUACAACCGCUCUUCUUGCCCGCUUCAGCAUUUCAAGCGCAGACACAACAGAAUCCUUUCGCGGCAUACUUUAAUAGCAACAAUAACAACAAAAAUCAGCAAGUGGAUUAUCAGGAAAACGAUAACAAAUUUAGCCAAUUCUCUGGCACUUAUAACAAUCAGCAUAAACCGCUACUGCGUCCGGCUAGUAGUUAUAGCCAACCGAGUAAUACCAUCAUACACAACAAUGUCAUACCGGUGCAUCUGUUGUCCACGAACUCGGGUGAAAAGGAGAUUGUAGACAGCUACGGACAGAGUUUAGGACUUUAUCCGCCACUCAACACCAAAAAUCACAACGGUUAUCAACAAAACUAUGGUCCAACACACACUUUCGUAGAUCAGAAAUUUUUAGCAAGCUUUACCACCGAGCGUCCGCAAGUCUCCACCACACCAACGCCCAGCUACGUGGCACAAUAUGCACCAUCAUAUGCCACAGACUUGGGCGCGACCACCGCACGUCCCAACGACUAUCAACCAACAUCGCCAACACUUACCGAGUAUUUUUCCCCGAGUCCACAUUUAAGCGAUAAUAAUGUUAAUAAACUGUUUCAAUCGACCGAUCGCUAUCCGACUGUACAAUACGAUGAUCUGCCACGCCCAUUAAAUUUAGGACGCCCCUCACUCUUCGCGCCACACAUCGACACACAUAAAGUCAAGUUACGUCCAAAUGGUCAUAAAAUCGAGAGCAUGGAGAUCGAAUCGGACGAUUAUAAUGACAAUCAAGCGCGUCCACUGCCACAAUUGUUCACCUACAAUUAUGACAACGAUAAAGCGGAUAUAAGCAAUCAAUAUGAGGAACCGAACUACAGUGGUGGCACCGGUGGUAACAAACACUCCUAUAUGCCGCGUCCGUCUGCAGGCGCUACCGCUACACGACCCACUUAUACAAACGCUGCCAAUAAGGUGAAGCCUUACAACACACACACUUCAUCAUCUCUCGCCGAUGGCUCACAACUGGUCAAUAUGGGUGGCAAUUUUGUUAGUUAUGAUGUUUUUCGAAACACAAUAUUACCGCUACUGGGGCACACACAAACGCUCAAUGAAUUAAACAAUGUUGAAGUCAUCACUUGCGCCACUGGCGUACGCCAACCGAACACCACCGACUGCACGCGCUAUUAUGUCUGCAGCAAGAAGGAUGGCAAAGUACUAUCCUACUCGUGUCCGCCAUACACCGCUUUUAAUGCACAAUCGCGCAUUUGCGAUGCACAAACGUAUGCUGCUUGCACGCCCGACGCGAUCAUCAGCAGCUAUACAGUAUCGGAGAAUAAACGCUUGCAACUGGAAGCGUACAAAGCGCUGCAAGAUGCCAAACGCCGGCAAGAGCAGGCUCUUAAAGCACAAAAUAUUGCAAGUCUAUUGCAGAAAUAUGGUGGACAAAUGCAAGCAUCGAUGGUGGACGCUAACGAAGAUGCACAGGGCGAUGAUAGCAAUGAGAAGAAUAUAUUGGAUGCUUAUGUGCAGCAAGCGGCCGCGAUGAAUGUCUACAGCACAACGUCUAAGCCAACUGCAGCGCCUGUAAAGAAGCGUAAAUACUAUUGCAAAGAAGGUGAUAAAAUUGCAGAUCAAACCUCAGCCAAUAAUUACUUUGUCUGCUACAAGAAUGCGCAAGGUAUGAUGAAAGGCCACAAGAUGAGUUGCACGAAGAAUUUGAUUUUCUGCUCGAAGAAUUCCAUGUGCACGCUGGCGAUAAAAUGCGCGUAG